AUGGAGAAGUUUUUGGAUGCCGGGCGGGUACUACACACGUGGUGCCCGUUCAAAUGUCUUUUGGACGUUCAACAAAUGGACAAAGUUCCAAUUCAUUUCUCAAGAUCUGUGGCUCCAGUCCGCGCCAACGAUGAGCUACCGAUGUCGAUCAUCUCCGACCUAGUUUGCAAUGAGACUGUCGGUUUAAUGGGGAAAUUGCUAAUCUUGUGGGAAGCUUACUCAUACGACUGCACUUACUCAGAAUUGGUAAUGGGUAUGGAUUUGGAUGAAGGAGGAACGUCAGAUAGCUGUACAAAUUCAAAAGUGAUGUUGAAUGCACUAAGCUCAAUGGACGUAUUCAACAUCCAUUUGGAAUUGAAAGAAAUUACUGGAGAGUUUGCUAUUGACCUUGGCCAAUUAGUGUCUCAAAAAAUGGAGAAGAGCAAGAAGUAUGUUUCUUCCUCCACCAACCGGCCACCAAUUAGCCCUAAACCUUUCACUCUGAUUCCUUUGUCCACUGCCCUUCCAAUGGCCACUAGUUCAUCUGAAGGGUGGCAAAAAUCCUACUUCAUGACCAAGCCUCAUCAAGAGCCAUCACUAGAAGUUACAAACAAAAACCCACCUUUAGUACUUUCUAAGAAUCCAAUCACUGCAGUUGAACCAUCAUCUACUAAUAUUGGUGGUAUUACCGUCAAGACCGAGCAAGGGAUUGACUACGAGCUGGGGGGGCGUAACCUAGAUCUCAACAUGGACAUUAGAAAGCUCAGAAGGCUUCUAUCGAAUCGAAUUUCUGCCAAGAGAUCCAGAUUGAGAAAGGAUCAACAUACCAAUAAUCUGGAAAAGAAGUUGAAAGAUCUAGAGGCCGAAGUUGGGGUGCUUCAUCCUAUUGUAGAAAGUGAGAUAGAUACAAAUAAACAGCUGCGAAUGGAGAACCGAAUUUUGAAAGAAAAGAUACGUGUUCAAGAAGUUAGAGCCAAACUGUCACUCGCUCAAAUUAAAGAGAAUCAAGCGGAAGUAAAGAGGUACAACGAACUCCAUGCUGCUCAACUAAGAAAAUGGAGCUCCGUGAAAAUGGAGGCUCUGGAGUUAGACCCUGCUCUGAACUUUGAGUCCCUCACCAUCGAUCCUCCGAAGAGUUUGAUGGAUUGAUAUAUUUUCUGCUGUUUAAUUUCGAGGUUUUAGAUGUGUGUAUUUGUUGUCACUCUCUUUGUGAUUGGAUUAUCAUGUGAAAUUGUCUUCUUCUUUUUUUCUUCUUUUAUAUAUAUAUAUGAACACAGUGCACGUUUCCUUUA